CCCACUACCACCGACCGCCGCCGCCGCCAUUGUCGUCAACGAUUGUGCCAACCUCCCACCCGCAUCUCACCGCACAAGACAACCAACCAGAAGAUCACGACAAGGACGAAACCCGCACAUUUCCCCCUCGCCAACUCAGCUGAAGGCUCAUUUCCCGCGGCCAUCUUCCGUUUGACACCCGACGAUCAAAUCUUGGAGGGAGCAUAUCCAUCUGAUAUUCACGAUUCUGGGGAAAUGUGACACGCCAAUCCCCCUCUUCCUCCAACAACGGCCUGCCAGCGAGCGAGCCCGAACACUCCGACCUGUCCUGCAAUCGACCGCAUCGCACUGCCUGCUCGUUGUGUUCCCUCUCUCGUCAUACACCUAGUUACCGCAUUUGCCCGUCGCCGACGCUUCUUUCUACUUCCACACUCGCCCGUCAUCCGAAACCCCGUUCCUCUCCUCCCAAUUCCGCGGCCAGCGACGUUGACCGUCGUGAGAACCUGACAAGAAGGAGUGGACAGAGGAAUUAAGAUGGCGUCUAUGCUGCUACGGAGUUUGGCGUACGCCGCUGUCGUCGCCGUGUCCCAUGCCGUCACCAUCACUCCCGAAAACGAAAUCCCUUCGUGGAGCCAGAGGUCGGCCAUGCAGAUGUCGCUGUCGACAACCGUCGGGGCCCUGCCACUGACCUUUAUUGUCAUGCCGUCCACUGAGAGCCUGGGUCUGAAUCAGACCGACAGGGCCCGCGGGGCAAUCCACAUCGAUGGCGCCAUCAUUCCUACUACUUCUUCGAACUACAAUUCGGUCGAUGGGGGCGAGGUGGCUUAUCUAUCCUGCGACACACCUGAUGGAGGGGGCUUCAUUAGCCCGAGUAUGAUGUUGGCCACCCUGAUGGAAAACAGGCCAAAAGCAAUCGUCCUGUACACCACCGUCGGAAACUGGUGCGCGCUGUCAUCAAGCACGGAACUACCCUAUUACUCGAUAUUUACGAUGGCGGACGGUGCGGAUUCCCAGCAGGCCCUGCGCAUUCUGAACAGUACGACAGAGAAUGAACGGAUGAGGGUCAUCAUCACUGGCAAUGCGACAGGAAACACGGGCGAAGGAGGGAACGGCGGAGGCGGUAACAACUCGGCUGUCGCCAUGAGCAUUCUGUACAGCAUUACGGGUUUGAUAACGCUGCUCUUCCUGAUCAUCAUCGCAACAGGCGCCGUGAGGGCUCACCGAUACCCGGAGAGGUAUGGGCCGAGGAGUGGAUUCAAUGGUCGCCCUCGUCAGAGUCGUGCGAAAGGCCUCGCUCGCGCCGUUCUUGACACUUUGCCCAUUGUCAAGUUUGGCGAACGGCAGGAGGCCAUGAAGCCGGACCCCAACAUGGAAUUGGAGAGCGCAACAAACGUCCCCACGAAUGACCGAAGCGUCGAGAGCCGAGGCGAAGACGCAGAGCCGGGCACCGUUCCGGUCAACGUCAAGAACGCGGAGGCGACAACGACGACCACUACAAUGGGUCAUACGGGGAUGGGCGAUGCGACAAAAACCACAGCUGGUGCCGUGGCCGCUACUACUACUGACGCGGCCGGUUCCAGUAACCCUGAAUGUAACCCUGAAUCCGGUUGGCAGGAGGACGAGAACCUUGGUUGCUCCAUCUGCACAGAAGACUUCACUGUUGGCGAAGACGUGCGGGUGUUACCCUGCAACCACAAGUUCCACCCCAACUGCGUUGAUCCGUGGCUGGUUAACGUGUCGGGCACAUGCCCCCUGUGCCGUCUCGAUCUUCGUCCCCAGGGCGAGACUGAAAACACCAGUGGUGAGCUCCCGCCGCCACUUGAGUUAGAUGGGCAUGAGAGCGAUGGGUCGUCUACCUCGCAAAGGCGGAGGACGCGACUAUUCGACCUCAAUAGACUGAGGAACGCAUCGCCGGAGGAGCGCAUCCAGGCCCUUCGACAGUACCGCACGCAACACCAAGUUCACGGCGUCCCGGCGGGCUCGGCUGAGUUUGAGCAUGAUGACAGAAACGAUAGAAGUCGUAGAGCCAGAUUAGCCGACAAGCUGCGCGACAAGUUCCGUAUCCGAACGGGACCGCAGUCCUGAGCCGUCGCUACACAGUAAUGUGUGCUAUUGAAGAGCGUAUGGCCUGGCGGGUAAAGCCGUCGAAAGCUUGGAGGAAGAACGAAUGGAACGAAACAACGAGCGAAACAGCAUAUCAUCACGGAUAUCGAUGACUGAGGAGAGACCUGGGCCACAGGCAUCAAACCAGGCCAGGGUGGGUCUCUUGAGAUUUUCACUUCGAUUCUUGUCGAAUAGACAUUGGCGUUCAUGGGCACCAAACCAUAUUGGGCCGGAUACAUCGGGCAGCAUUGCAAGGCGUUAGGCGGGGAAUGAGAGCACAGCGAAUCCGUGUCGCCGGCAAGUGCUGGCCUUUUCAGCCGUGAGCGAAGGCGACUGAGACUGCUGGCCAAACACUGGGAAUGAACGGGACUGCCUUGGCAUGUUGGUCAUAGGCCAGAUUCGUCACAAAGGCGGCUUCCUCAACGGUACGCGAUGGCAGUGAACAAAGGCGUCAACACACAACCAUCAUUAUCAACAUCCACAGCAUUUUGAAUCGAGGAACCAUGGCGUUUUCAUCCAACGAAGGGGGGGGUUCAUGGCAUUCGGGUCUAGGGCAAGUAUCACGUAGCAUAGACAAUAGUUGAAUGACGAUCUGAGUUUUACCUGGCUCGAUGAGCGACCUGUGUUUUACACAUUUCGCACUAUCACACAGGGCUUGGUUUGAUUCACCCCAAGAGUCAGAGGUUUGCCCAAGUAGGUGAUGAUUAAGAGGACUAGGGGACCAGCAAACGCCAACGAGGGUGGAACCCAUGCGGUGGGUACUGUAGCUUGGAGGAGGGAGCUUCCAGAGCCCGGCAGAGUCGAGCGUCAACGGGAAAAUGCUGCGUA